AUGAGCCACGCAUCGAGCGAGGUGUAUGAGCCGCCCGUGGUCUUAUGCGCCGGCAACUGGCGCAUCACCCGGCGGCGGCAUUCAACUCACCAACAAAAGCUGCCAACGACACAGAGUACAUACCAAUGGCGACGAGAAACAGACGGGACAAGGUUGGCGGACAGGAAACGAAGGGACGUCCAAGGACCAAGGGGCCACUCACCGGCGGACAGCGGGCGGGCUGAAGUGGGCUGCCUUCCACACAGGCACCUGGCGAAAAUGGGGUCCCUUUUUUGGGCGGCAGUUGGUCCUUUUUUUUUUUCUCCCCUUACCUUUUGGGGGGAGGAGAGGAACGAGGGACGAGGAGGGGAUGGGGGGGUAGGGAUGAUGUGGUAG